CAAAGAAGGCCACUUUCAAAGUCAUAAAAAUACCAUCUCAAACACCAAAUAUUGCUAAAUUAUGGAGGAUAAUAAUAAGCUUGAUUUGAUGAGUGAUCUUCCAUGUGAGAUUCUCAGACACAUAAUCUCAUUUCUUCCAUUGAAAGAGGCUGUAAGAAGCACCAGCGUUCUUUCAACUACUUGGAGGCAACUUUUGGCACCACUUUCUGUUAACUUGGAGCCAAACACAAAGGGAAUAGCAAAUAUUCAACAAGUUCUAGGUAGAUUCUUGAGAUCUUAUGUUAGUCAUGAGAGAUUGAAGCUGAUCUCUUUUCGCGCCGCCGGCGACGACGACGGAGAAGAUCUGAAAGAUGAUGUUGGUCUAAUUGCCAUGGCCACAAAGGGUGUGGAAAAGGAGCUUCAUCUCCAUUUCAUGGAAAAUUCUCGAAAAAGUAGGACAAUUGACCAUGGAUUUCAUUUGAAGAUGCAACAAACACUUGUUCUAGGAAAUGUUCAAAGCUUUUCUUCUCUUAAGACUCUCCAUCUUAGAUCAGUCGACCACCAUGCUACGAGGUUGGUCUCGGAUUUGUUCGCUUGUUGUCGUCGUCUUGAGAGCUUGACGCUCGAAAAAUGCGGCGGAUUAGAAGAUCUCCAUGUAGAAGGCUGUAAUUCUCUCCAAAGUUUGACAAUCUUGGACUGUGGAGACAUUGUCAGCAUCACAAUUUGUGCACGAAACCUCAAAUCAUUCUCGUACCGCGGAGUUCUUCCUCGGAUGCAACUGCAAAGUGCUUCCGAUUUGGUUGAAGCCAAUCUUGAUUUCAGGUAUGGUGUAGGCGGUAACGAAUUCGAUUUGGAGGAAGUUCUUUGCCUUCUUGAUUCUCUCAAGGAAGUCCAAAUUCUCACCCUAUGUGGCUGGCUUCUUGAGUGGAUGUGUACGGCAGGGGUAAUAUUUGGAAGGCUUGAGUUUCAAUUCAACAAGUUGAAGAAAUUGUGUUGGUUUAGUUCUUCCAUGGACAGAGCUAAGAGGGAUUCCUUGGCUUGCUUCUUAAAUAUGUGUCCUUUAUUGGAGAAACUCUUAGUUCAAAUGGAUCAAAGCUUUAGCUCUUUUCCUUGUCCGUUUUUUCAUCAACAUUGGCAUGAGCCUCAUCUUUGGAUGGAUUAUGAAAUGGUGAAAUCCAACACUUCACAACUUAAACACCUUAAAAUUUUCGAGCUAUCGGGUUUCUCCAGCGAUGACAGUGAACUGCUUCUAAUGGAACUAUUGCUCAACAAAGCGGUUGUCCUUGAGUCAAUGAUUGUAACAUAGCUAGACGGUGCCGUGUUUGCCAUGAAUGUGGAAGUGCUUAUUGAGUGAUUUAUUCUGCAGAAAAAAGUUGUUUUGAUGUUCUUUGAGUAAAAAAACAAAAGGUGGUUCUUCGGGAGAAGAACGUAUUGCUUUUGGAAGAAAGUUUUCAGAGAUGAGUGGUACUUACUGGACAAGGCCUCUAAGAAGAUUCUACACAGCAGCGACAACAUCAAGAAGGGAGCUUUGAGUGUGUAAGACCGAUUGGUGUUUGUAAUAUCUUUAUCUUAGUGGAUUAUUCACUGUCUGGGCGUGACCCCGCAGAUGUAGGUAUGUACACCGAACUGUGAUAUCAAUUCCUUGUGUCUUUUAUGUUUAUGUUAAUCUUUCUGCACUUAUAAUUUACUGCUGCUGAAUCAAAGAAAAAAUAUA